GCCAUGUGACUCUACAUGUUUACUUACACUUUUUUCUGUUAGAAACAAAUUCACUCACAGAAAGUGCACAAGUUAUUAUGUUGACAAGUAGUCGAAAACCUUCAAUUACAUCAUUUAUUAAUAUCAUUCCAUAAAUUGUUAUGGUUAGUAGAAUUGGGUGGUAAUUACACAUUUGGUCAAAGAGGAAGGACCAAAGUGUAAUAACUAUUUAGGGGAAUAAAUUAAGGAAAAUGUGUUCAUUUGGUGCUUUUAUUUUGAACAAAAAACCCCCCCUAAAAUGUAGCUUCAUAUUGACGUUUUAAGCAUAAAGGUGGUAUACAAAUUCUACUCAGGUUGUAGAGAAUAAGAAAGAGCAUGUGUGAGUGUGAGGAAAAAGAAAAAGAAAAAGCAUAUAUAGCUUCAAACCAACUCAUUCUUCCAAAUUCUUUCCUAUUUUCUCUACCACCUUCCACCAUCUUCAUAUUCACUUCAAUCUUCAUUCAUUCCUCCAUCUUCUCAUAUAUCCAGUUGUUCAUUCUUGAUCUUCAAAUCAAUGGCGGAAACAGACCUGUACAAAACCAUGAUCAACAACCCACAACUCCCUCAAAACCCAAACAAAUUCUACACCCAUUUCUUCUACAAAGCCGUAUUCGUAUCCAUCUUCCUCUUGCUUCUUCCCUUAUUCCCUUCUGAAGCCCCUGAUUUCAUCAAUCACACAAUAAACACCAGAAGUUGGGAGCUUCUGCAACUUCUAUUCGUCGGGAUUGCUGUCUCUUAUGGACUUUUCAGCAAACGAAACGAUGAACAACAACAACAACAACAACAACAACAACCCAAUAAGUCCGAUAACGCUCAGUCGUAUGUGGCCAGAUUGCUUCAAGUCUCAUCGGUUUUUGAUGAUGAUUCUGAAACCCCAUCGGAGCCCAAUCAUAGUAAUAAUAAUAAGGUUCAGACAUGGAAUUCUCAGUAUUAUAGAGGCGAACCUAUCGUAGUUGUAGCGAAAGAGACCUCUCAACAAGCGGCGGAUUCAUCAGCAACAGUUGAAAAGCCUCUGCUUCUACCUGUUCGUAGUUUGAAAAAUGGAGUUUCUGAAUCUUCUUCCAUGAUCGAUUUUAAGGUCGGGAGAUCUAACUCGAGGCGAUUUAAUAGAAAUUUGAGCAAAUUAAGCGGAGUGAGUCCGGAAUCGGAGGAGGAGAAUAUCGUUCUACAGUCGCCGAUUCCAUGGAGAUCGAGAUCAGGGAGGAUGGAAAUCAAAGAGGAAUUUACUCAAACGCCUGAAAUUAUUAAUCAUUCUUCAGAUCCUCCAUCUCUCUCAUUGUCGUCUGAAAUCCAAUCAAAAUCGCUCCAAGAUGUUGGCCGGAAAAAAAUCCCCACCACCAAGUCAUCAUCUUUCUCACCAAUUCCUCCUCCGCCUCCGCCACCCCCACCUCCACCGUAUCACCGACGGAUGAACUUAACCAACACCCAAAACAGAACCGAUACGUAUUCACGUAAGGAGUUUAGAAGAAAUGCGAGAAGCUUCCCGAAUAAAUUCUCAGAGGAUAUCCCAAUGGCAGCUAAAUCAAAUUCAUUUAGAACACCACGACAACAAACUGAAUUCGAUGAAUAUUUAUUACAUGAUAGUGAAAUCGAAAGGUUUUUAGAAAGAAGAGGGAGUCAGAAAAAGAAAUUCAUGGCGGAUGAUGAGGAGAAGAAAGAAUUCAUGGAAGCCGAGAAAGAUGUAGAAGAAGAGGAAAGCGAUGAGGAUGAGCUUCAAGAACUUGCUUCAAAAAAUGGAGAAAUAGUGGGGAAUGAUCAUGAUCAUCAUGAUCAUGAUCAUGAUCAUGGUCCAGAUGUGGAUAAAAAAGCUGAUGAAUUCAUAGCGAAAUUCAGAGAGCAAAUUAGACUACAGAGAAUAGCUUCAAUUAGAAGAUCAACUACCCAAACAACACCUAAAAUUGGAGGAAGGUAAUAACUAAUAACUAAUAAAUAAUCAAUUUUCAGUUUGAAGAUGUGUAACUCUUUCUUUUCUUGAUACUUCAUGUUUUAUUUUCAAAUUUUCAUUGUACCCUACAUACUUGUUAGUUUUUUCUUUUAUAAUUCAAAAAAAAAAAAAACUAUAUCAUUAUUAAUUAA